GUUAUCAGUAUUGUUUCAUAGUCGCACGUGGUGCGACGAAAUCCGAGGUCAAAGCAGUCGGGGUAACCGGUCGAGGGGUGACGAGAAGUCGUGGCGAGGCUCUAUUGCUUUAUUUCGGUGCAGGCACGUGCACCGACGUUCACAGUAAUCAGGUCAUCGCCUGCAUCGAUCGCGUCGCCAACCGAUUUUAUUAUAAAAUGGCUCCGACUAUUUACUUGUCGGAGAUACCUGUUGUAAGAACAUCUACAAUCCCAUGUUCACGACGAAGACAAAGGAUUCAUAAUGGAGCUGUUGCAAAACAACAAAGGCUAGAAAUUAGACGAUUAGAAACGAAUGAGUCUUCACGCGAUAAUGGGUCUUUGACACCACCGGAAAAUUCUCUUUGGGAACCAGAAAAUUCCAAUGACUCCUGUGAUCCGACAAUCGUCAGUUCUUCCUUUCCAAAUGUUUCUGCUAGAGUUCCAGUGGACACAAAGGAACAUUGGAAAGUGUUCCUAGCAAGACGAAAAGGUCUUCUAGAUAUUGUCGUACGUACUAUGGCUCUGAUACGACGAAACAACAUUCUUCAAGAAAGAGUAAACGCUUUGCGCGCAGAGACUCGAGAUUUUAUUCAUUCAGUAUUGAACAAUCCCGAAAACAAGUGUAUACAACAAAGAUUGGAUAUUAUUGACUGCAAGGAAACGGAUGUGACCUCGUCGACGGAGAAAACUAUACCAAGACCAUCGCUUCCGCCCACACCAAACUCGAUAAAUUCCUCGUCAAACGACGUCACGUCAACCUGUAGUAACAACGAAAACGACUCUGAACAAUCUGACAUCGAAUCGUAAUGUUUGAGAAUCAUGUGCAAGAAAAAGAGGUAAUUCGUAAACGAAAUCGAAAAGAAUAAAACGAUUUGAGUCAUUUGAUCGUUUUAAGUAGAAUGAUGAUGCGAUCGAUUCUUAGUUGAACGAAACAGAAUAAGAAGAAUGCUAUUGAAAAGAAGAUUGGGAUGAUGCAGAUGAAGUUUAAUUGAUAGAUUUCUUAGAAUGUAUUGUCUUCAUCAGUUCGUUAUAGGGUUUAUUAAUGAUAUUGAAGUUUUAAAUGAAAUUUUCUGACUCUAUCUGUAAGAUAGUAAAAUCAAUAAUAUAAUUUUUAAGUUUUU